AUGAGCAUUAUCCUGGUUGGCGACUUCUUCCAGCUCCCGCCGAUUGCGAACAAGCCCCUCUACUUUGACAGGCCACUCAAAGAUCUGCAAGAGGUCUCUGGCCAGACCGCAUAUAGGGCGUUUAACCAUACCGUCUUCUUGAAAACAGCCCAGCGGCAACAGGGCGAUGACCAGGCUGGCUUUCGGCUUGCGCUUGACGAACUACGUGGUUUAAAGCUAUCCAUCGAGUCAUGGAAACUUCUGAGCCAGCGUGUGCAGGCCAAGCUAGGCCAGCAAAGCACGUGUGAACGAGUACAACUACGAGCAUCUCGUCCGCCUCGUCCAGCGAUCCAAGUCAUGGCGAAGAAUAUUGGUAACGGUGCUGACAAGGCAACGUCGGAACAAGCUGGCAACCUGGCUGGCCAGUUUCCGGUAUGCAUUGGUGCUCGUCUCAUGCUGACCCAGAACAUCUGGCAUCCAACAGGCCUAGUCAAUGGGGCCCAAGGGACAGUAUAUGACAUCGGUUGGGCGCCUGGCGCUGAUACGCACCGUGACCCGCCAUCUGUCAUUAUGAUGGUGAUGGAUAAGAAUACCGGGCCAUCGUACCUAACCACGGAUGAUGCGCGCGAGGUAGUACCCAUACUCCCAGUGAAGCGAGACUUCUUUCUUGGCACGUCGGCCCGUACACGAACGCAGUUCCCACUCAUGGCAUCGUAUGCCAUUACCGUUCAUAAGUCACAGAGCAUCACAGUGGACAAGAUGGUGACAGAUCUGUCUGAACUGGACUUCCAGACAGGGCUGAGCUACGUUGCAGUCUCCAGGGUCAAGACAUUGGAGGGCCUAAUGAUCGACACGCCUUUUGAACGGGCAUCUCUCCACUACGAGAAGCUACCUGAUGGCAAGUAG